AGGUAAGACCAUAUUAAUUUAAUUUAGAACGAUAUUUUCCUAAAAUCAUGAGUUGGAUAAAGAAAUAAGAUUAAGGAAUUGAUUAAAGAGUCGCUUUUGAGUCUAUAUAGUUGAUGUUUAAAUUUGUAGAAGAAGAACUAACUUAUGAAACAGAAAACAAUGAAUUCUUGGAGUUAUUUGAAUAAUAAGUAAGCAUCAUCUUUCUAUUUUUUAGGUCUUUAAUCUUUGUUAAACUAAGGCAGAUUCUGAAUUACAAAUCUAUGAAGCUAUGAUUAAAUUCUUGAAUGAGGAUCUUAAAAAUGAUGUCAAUUUCUUCAAAAAUAUGAUCAAAGACAAAGAGAAGAUGUUAGAAUAAGAUAUCAAAGAAAUUGAAAAAUUAAAAAAAUAAACCAAAGAUAGGAGUAAAAUAGAAUAAAAGCUUAAAGAAAUAAGCUACCUUAUUAAAGAGAUAGAUAAAAAUUUGGAAAUUGGAACUGCAGAAAAAUUAUAUGGAUUAUUAGAAAUAAUAGAAUCUAAGGCAGUUAUUGGAUUAUUUUAAUAUUAAAAUGAAUAUUAAGAAAUUUAGUAGUACUUAAAAAAUGUGGAUUUGCUAUUUAAAUCGAGAAAUUUUUAGUAAGAUAAAGUAAUAUUAUGAUAAAUCAUUUGUAGUUUGAAAUUAUUAACUUGAUUUCUAUGGUCAAAAAUGUCCUUCUAGAUUUACAUUUAAACAUUAUAAUCAAAUUAUAAGAGGAAUAAUUAGAUGAAUAUGAGGCUAUGUCUUUUUUUGAAAAUAGUAAAGUCACUCAUCAAAUAGCAAGAGAUUACUUUUAAAAUGAAUUACACACAUUUUUAUGUAUUUUAAAUAAAUUUAAUAGAAACUUUAAUAAGUAAAUGGGAGAAUCUUAUUUUGAUAUAAGAAAAUACCAAUGAAAAUUUAGAAAUCUUUAGAAAUCUAAUUUAACAACUAAAAAUAUAAAAUACUAAAAUAAUUGAAACUAAUAAUCACAGUAUACAAUUAGUUAAUUUCACUAUAAAACAUUUAGAACAAGACUUUUUGGAAUAAAUAAAAAGACAAUGA